AGCUGCUAUAGAAUUACAGUUGGUUUGCAGUUCUUUGACAUGCAGGCUGAUGCACACUCGUGAUAAGUGACUCAGAUUUCCAAUUAAACGUUAAUGUCAAGAUAGCAGUAUGGCAACAAGGAAGUUAAUGCGGGCUGUCCAGGUGUCCGAGUUUGGUGGUCCGUCUGUACUACAGUUCCACUCAGACAUUCCUGUGCCCAAUCCAGGCCUCACACAGGUUCUAAUCCGAGUCCAUGCCUGCGGAGUGAAUCCAGUUGAAACCUAUAUCCGCUCAGGUGCCUAUGCUAGGAAGCCAAAUUUGCCAUAUACCCCAGGUACAGAUGUGGCAGGAGAGGUGGAGGCAGUAGGAAAGCAUGUCAAAACAUUCAAGGCAGGUGACCGGGUCUUUACAAGUGGCACAGUUACUGGUGGCUAUGCAGAAUACACAAUUGCUUCAGAGGAAUCUGUUCACCCACUGCCUGACAAUCUGAACUACAAGCAAGGAGCUGCCAUUGGAAUCCCAUACUUCACUGCGUACCGGGCGCUCUUCCAUAAGGCUCAUUCCAAAGCAGGAGAGAGAGUGCUUAUUCACGGGGCGAGUGGUGGGGUUGGAAUGGCAGCAUGUCAGAUAGCCAGGGCCUUUGGAAUGAAAGUGCUGGGUACAGCAGGGACCUGUGAAGGGCUCAGUCUAGCACUGAAGAAUGGAGCUCAUCAGGUCUUUAACCACAAAGAAAAAGGCUAUAUUGAAAAAAUAAAGGAAGCUACCUGCGGACAGGGGGUGAAUGUGAUCAUUGAAAUGCUGUCUAAUAUGAAUCUUAAUGCUGAUUUACAGCUGCUAUCAUUUGGAGGCAGGGUGAUUAUUGUGGGCUGUCGAGGACCCAUUGAAAUAAACCCACGAGACACAAUGGCCAAAGAAACCAGCAUCAUUGGCGUUUCUCUGUUCAGUGCAACAAAAGAGGACAGAGCAGAGUCGUCUGCUUCGUUGUUUGCAGGAAUGGAAGCUGGGUUGUUAUCUCCAGUAAUCGGACCCGAGUAUCCACUGGAGCUGGCAUCUCAGGCUCAUGAAGAUAUUAUCAGCAGCUCUGGAGCCCUAGGGAAGAUGGUUCUGAUAAUGUGAUCCCUUUCUUGCAUUGCAUGUGAUAAGUGGUAAUUAAAUAGAAAACUAAUUAAUGGUGCUAUAGUGGCACCAACAAUUAUUCACAGUCUCUUUAAGUUUCAAUGUACAUUCGUUUUAUAUUUGUGUUAAUUAGGUUAAAUUGUAUACAAAUAAAAUAAAAAUAAAAAGGUCCCUCUCUCAAGCUGAGGUAUUCUGCAUUAAGUGUAUUCCUGCUGAAGAAUACUCUAGCCUUAUGGACAGCUAGAGAGAUUAAUCAGUUGACAUGUAUUUUAUUAAAUUAUCACAAUCUAUCUAACAAGCUAUGUCAUCUGAACUGUCUUAAUUGUUAGUUAAAUAAUACAUUAAAUUAUUGAAUUACUUAUUUUACUGAUCUUCAAUAUUAGUCAAGUCACAAACAGGGUAUCAACUCUCCACAGAACAUUUGACUAAUGAAGAAGAUCAGUCUUCACUAUUUUAAAUACAACUAGAGAUCUAAAACUUCCGGUAACUGUGUGAAUAAUUGUGGUCCCUUUUUUGUGAUUCAAGUUCUACUGGAUCUAAUUUCCAUAAUAUUCAUUAAUGACAACUGAGACCAGACUGCCUUUAAACAACUGGUUUGCUGUCGGUAUGUGUGAGGUUAACAUUAUUAAACCUUUGGUAAAUAAUAGUAAUAAGAUAACAUUUGGAUUCUGUAUUCACUGUAAUGGGAGAAAUUAGCUUGUGUAUUAAGGUCUGUUUGUAAUUAAAUAGAACCACAAGGAUAAUAUUAUAAAUCUGGAUUCAAUGCAGGAGAAAAAAAAAAAAACUGUCCAUUAGCACUGACAGCAUUUGCACACUACAGGCACAAUAUCACAGUGCUGUCAAGGGAAGCCUGGAUGUUUGCUCUGCAGCAAACAAACCUUAUGCCUGGAUAAACACCCUGCUUGUAGGAAGAUGCUUCUUUUCAGGGCAGAACUGAUGGGAAAGGCCGGGAUGAAGUUUUCAAUCAUAUGUACAUGCAUUCAAGUUUCUAGAUACUUAUAUGCACAGUAAAGACGUGUAAUAAUUGAAAUACAACCACAUUUUUUAAAUGUAUAGUGUAUUUAGUGAAUGACGGACCAGUUGGUUUAACUGCAUUUGGCUGACUCAAAAUAGUGGCACCAUUUUAAAUUUCAACCGUCAUCCUUUUUUUUGAUAAAACCAAAGAUUAGUCUUGCUGUUGGCCAUAGUGCAACAGUGUAUUCCAGUAUCUUUAAAUUGUCAGUACGGAUAGUUCUAUGAAUGUGUCUCAUCAGUUGCCUUGACCAAAAUAUUUAUUUUAAGCAUCAGCAACAAGUUUGAGUGUGAGACGUGCAUAUCCUGCCUGUGAUCGUGGUGAAAGAACACAAGGUAUAGUUAUUUGCAUUCUGCUUUGUACUGGUAUGUUUGUGUUGGUUUCUUUCUUAGGCUUCCACUGCAGUGUAGCUAAACAAACAUGCAAUGUGUUUCUAGGGGUUAGGCACUCCCUGCUUUACACAGAUGUGACAUGUUUUUUACAGUUUCCUAUAGUAGGUAAAUAGAUGACAGACUGUGGUACAGUAUCAUAAUUUAGUCCAGAAAAAGCAUUCUAUCCUUAUUCAGAUUGGGUUGUUGAGGAUGCAAAGUAUUAGUACAAAUAGUUUAUUACAUGUGGCACUUGAAUUACUGGCCCAUAUCCACUGGUGCAUGUCUGAAAUAAACUGUGUUUAAUAACACAUUGGAUAAAUCGGAGAAAGUUUCGUGAGACCUGCUACUGAUUUGUGAAAAUAGUCAUACAGUAUUGCAAGUAACCUAUUCAAAUAGGAAGACUGGAAUGCUGUCAUAGUGUUAUUCACAGUGAGCCAACACUUUCUGCACUAAACUAAACUAAAAAUGAAACAUUAGUUUAACACAAUGCUACCCACCUUACAAAAUCUAUCAACACACAUUACUUUUUCAGUGUCUUCUUUCUGUACUUAUGCAUCAACAUACAAGACAGGUGUGCAUGGUUUCUGUGCAUUCGAUUCAGAUACAAGUCCAUGGACUGUACUUUAUGCUAUAUGAAGCAAUGCUGGACAACUGGCCUAUCCUGAAUAUGAUACAUCUUACAUAUCAAGUCAGAAUUUUGUACUUUCUGCUA